UCACGGGUCGGGUUUCUUCUUUCAGUUUUCUUUCUGUUCUUCGUCGCGUUGAGUGGCGUUCUUUCAAUCCAAUGUUCCUCUAAGUCCGGGUACCAAUUCUCCUCGUCGGUCCUUUGGAACCAAAUGAUAAAAUACGAUAUUGAUACCUCGUGCCCUUGUACUACUACCACCACGGCUCUACCCCGCUGCCAUAUUCAUCAGCUUGUUAUCAAACUGAAGCACGUGACGACACUUCUACAAAAUAAAUACAAACAAUUUCAAUCGUCCAUCGCUGCCCCACAACCACCUUGUUCUGAUAUUGGGAAUAACCACCAUUCUGCCGCGCCACGAUCUCACUCAGACUUGGUCAAUCUUCUGUUCGAUUCCUAUAAGAUCACGUCAAAAGUAGCCCUCAACAUAGCCAUCGUUCAACAGCACAACAACUCCAGAUUACAAGACUUACCCACAUCCCAGCUAGGGGGAGUCCUGUGCUAUAUGAAGAGGCUGUUAGUCACCAGGGACUUCGGUACCGAGAUCACACUACACAACAGCACACUGGCCGCGAUGGAUGUCAGUCAAAUCGUCCCGUACACCUGUCAAACAUUGAAAGACAGCGUCCAUCUUUUAAAACAAGUGAAAACAAACAUACUGGAAACAUUUUACAGUCGGCGCAGAUGAAUGUUACUCUGAUUUACUCUAUUUUCUUGUGUGUAUGAUUUUUAAUAUAUAUAUAUAUUUUUGGUAGUACAUGUAUACAUUUACACGAACAUUUAGAAAUGAAACAUCAUUAUUCAUUCAAUUCAAAGUCAAUAUGUUAUGCCAAUCUGUGAAAUCUAUACAAAUGUUAUAAUUAUUUAUUUAUGUACGUAGUCAAUAAUUUCCUUAUUGUAAACAGUAUUAUUUUCAUCCUUGUACAAAAUUGUACACAAUCUUAUGAA